AUGAAUGUUACGCUCGCGCAGGAACAUAUUCCAGUUUUUGUGCUGAACGGAUACGAGGAUCUGGAGCUCUUCAGGGAGUUAGAGGCAGCGGAUCUGGACUAUUUGCGUAUACAUCAACCCGAGCAUCGUGCCAAGAUACUCACCGCCGUGCAACUCCUACACGAUCUUCAGUCGGGCAGCGAGGGUGACCUGGCCUCGAGUUCGGAGGGUGACGAGGUCAGUCGUCUGGUCUUAACCUCCGGCCAGACGUCCGGCCACUGUUCCCCGUUUAAUCGACGCCAGUUUCCACGGGACUCUGGCUGUUACGACGCACACAAAAAUACAACCAGUCGACGGACCAUCAGCCCGGAAUCAACCACGACAUCGUCGAAGCUGCCGAGAGAGAACAAUCUAGACAACGCGACGGCAAUGACGAAGAACACCAGCAGUGCUGGUGGUACGGACGGCAGUCUAACUGAUGCGAAGGACGACUUUCAUCCUAACAUACCGAUCUCCAGCUCGGUAGCGGGUCAGAAAGAGAGCCAGUUCGACAAGUCGCCUCUACUGCGGGGUGGCAACGUCCGGUACAUCGCGAAAAGAGGCAACUUUGGCGAGACGGUGGUAAUUGAAGACGCUUGCGAAGGCAGCCAGAAACUGGGCGGUAUCGUCAAGUACAUCGGUGGUACCAGUGAUCUCGGUCUUGAAAACACCGGCAAUGUCACCGGCCUCAGCCAACGCGGUUGUCUCAGCGAGAAAUCUAGCGACUCUGGUGUCAGCUCGUCCAGCAUUAGCUCGGCACCUCCGCCUAGGGACAAAGUACUCGCUACCGCCAGCGCCGCAUCGGAUUCGCCGACCAAGACCUUCGGUAGCUUCAGCAGAGCGUCGCCAACUUCCCAGGGCGGUAAGAGUCAAAACAACGACGGGAGCUAUCAAUGA